AUGUUAACCAUCAUGUCUUCGCUAAUCUCGCGCCAACGUAUCCUCCUUCGCCAGCCUCAAUUUCUUGCAGCUCGCGCCUUCUCCUCCUCCAGGAUAAACGCAUCUCGCCUCCGUCAACCCGGCGAACCAACCGGCCCGAACGAACCUCCGACACACAUCCGAACACCUCCCUCGAAAUCCCCACUCAAAGUCUGGCCCAUCCUCGCGAUAUUGGGACUAGGCACAUACUUGUUCAACGCGAUAAUUGAUCAGCGAAAAGGCGAGGGAUACCAGCCCAAAGGACCUAUUCAAGGCCAUUCCCCCAGCGGCAAAGGACAAAUGCCUGCCAUUGAAAAGACUGCCGCGGGCUCGCGCGAGUCUCCCCGCUGGUCCAGCGACGAAGUGACCGUCCUUUUCGUCCUUGGUGGCCCCGGUGCCGGAAAGGGUACGCAAUGUACGAAGCUCGUCAGUGACUAUGGCUUCAAGCAUCUCUCUGCUGGUGAUUUGCUGCGCGAAGAGCAGAACCGCGAGGGCAGCGAGUUCGGCGAGAUGAUCAAGACGUACAUCAAGGAAGGCACUAUUGUGCCCAUGGAGGUUACCGUUCAGCUGUUGGAGAACGCAAUGGAGGUCAGCAUGGAGAGCGGAGAGAACCACGGAAAAUUGUUCCUGAUUGAUGGCUUCCCGCGCAAACUCGACCAGGCCCACGCUUUCGAGCGCUCCGUCUGCCCUUCCAAGUUCACCAUCUUCUUCGAGUGCUCCGAGGCUGUCAUGGAGAAGCGACUCCUCGUCCGCGGCGAGACAUCAGGACGCGCUGACGACAACCUCGAGAGUAUCAAGAAGCGCUUCAGGACAUUCGUGGAGACAAGCAUGCCCGUGGUCAAUGAAUUCGAGUCGCAGGAUAGGGUUGUCAAGAUCAACGCAGAGCAGGAGCCUGACCAGGUUUACCGGGACGUUGUGGAGAAGCUCAAGGAGCGUGGCGUGAAGCCCAUCAACAUCACCUUUGUGCAGACACAGGCUUCAUAG